GCCCAAGUUCGUCAGAUGAACAACCUCGAGAACAUCCGCAGGGGGCUGCUCAGCCUCGAUGUGGGUGUGAGGUUGAAGGAGCUCUCGGACCUGUACAAGCAUGCCGACGUCUUCUUGACUCCACAGCUUCCCCGCAUCCUGGACGUGCUCUUCCCGGUGUUCACAAUGAUCAUGCGCACCCAAAUCCCGCCGCAGUUCACCAACAACGACAAGAAUCGAUGCCGGAAGCUCACAUUGCAGAUUUUGAAUCGGUUGCCAUACAACGAAGCGUUAAAACCGUACGCUAGUCGACUUCUCCACUUGCUCAUGGAAGUGCUCACCGUGGACAACGUGGACAACUGCCUCAUUGCGCUCAAGACGAUCUUCGACUUGCACCGGAACUACCGCCCUGGACUCAAGAACGAAGUGCAGCCGUUCCUCGAACAAAGCCAAAAGAUGUACAAGAACAUCCAAAAUAUCAUGAAGAAACAAUUCUCAGGUCCACCAGAGCCGCCGCUAGCCAGCAUCGGCCAACCCACAGCCACCACUGUCGUCACCCCCGUUCCCACCGCAGCCGCGCCAGUUCCAGCCACGACUCAGCCUCUAGACCCAACCGUGGCAACUACUACACCCGUCGCGGUCGAAUCCGCUCCGACAGUACCUGCCCUCGAAGUCGACCCCAACGAAAUCAUCGACGACCCCAUGAUGUCCUCGGAUGAACUCGCGUCAACUUCCAUCCCCCCUGUAGAUACAACGACUUCUGCGAUCCCUGACACGACUCUAUCGACUGCAGCGUCGGCCGACGUGUCCAUGGAGUCCUCGACAGACAUCAUCUCGUCCGAGGUACCUCCGACGGCAAUAGGCGCAGGUGGACAUGGCACAACUAUACCCGACGACGUCACAUCCACCACGACCUCCGCCACGACCACCGCCGCCGCCGCGCCAUCGUCGGACGUGGCGUUGUGUUCGGGCAUCGAAUCGUUCAAGACCAUGUCGGAAUUCCCGCUCAUCAUCAUGCUGCUGUUCCAGUGCUACCCCAACUACAUUGAAAACUACAUCCCGAUCCUGGUGCCGCUGAUGAUGUCGACGCUGUCCUUGCGAUGCCCUGAACACGCGCCCAAGCUGUACCCGACCAAGUACGUCGACUUUUUGGACAGCCAGGUCAAGACGCUGUCGUUCGUGACGUACUUGCUGCGGGGGUUCGCAAACCUCAUGCGGCCAUUCCAAGAUACGAUCUGCGACAAUACGGUCAAGCUGCUCAUGGCGUGCCCGAAGGAUGCGUUCGUGCUGCGCAAGGACAUCUUCGUGGCCGCUAGACACAUCUUGUCGACGGACUUCCGCCGCGGGUUCUAUGGCCAGCUUGAGACCCUCAUGGACGACGACAUCCUCAUCGGCAAGGGACGAUGCAGCUACUACCAGAUCCGGCCGCUGGCGUACUCGACCCUCGCCGACAUGGUGCACCACGUCCGGGAUAUGCUUAGCCUUGGCCAAGUCAGCAAGAUCGUGUCAUUCUAUGGCAAACGCAUCCAUGACCCGACGCUGCCCGUGCCGAUUCAGACCACUGCCAUCCGGUUGCUCCUGAAUCUCGUCGACAUUAGCGCCAAGAACGAGGACGCCGACGGAUGGCGCGGCCGCAACAUCCUGUCGCGGAUCCUGCUGACCAUCGCGACCAAGUUUGGCACGACGCUCAAGAGUUUGCCCGUCGUGCUGUCCAUGGCAUCCUCAUCGUCCUCAUCAUCUUCGGAUCGAAGCGUGGAUCCGUUGGAAGGCGGCGCGAUGGACAAGAUCAAACAGAGCAAGCUGGUGCCGCAGCCGGACGAACCAUUGUCCGCCGUCGACGCCGCGCUCAAGAAGCUGCUGGCGCCCUACGAAAACAUGCAGCGGUCGUAUGUUGGCCUCCCGGAAGAAGAACCCACGCUUCGGGACGUCAAAUCGCUGCUCCGCACCAUGAUCCUCGGCAUCCGCGCCGUCAUCUGGUGCACGGCCAACUACCGGAACCCCCACGCGAAGGACUUGACGUCGAUGGACGCGACGUCCACCCACCCCCCGACGCCGUUCGACCUGGCGACCCCAGCCGCGUCAUCCGACACGCAGCACUUGUAUCCGCUCACAGACGACGAGCGAGCGCUCAUUGCCAAGGUACUUCAAAACGGCCUCCGGUGCUUCAUCCUGUACACGCUGUCGGACAGCUCCGUGGCCGAAGAGAAGCAGCUGCUCGACCAUUUCGCCGGCGCGUGCACCGUGCUGGACGCGGCGGACUUUCGGGAUCUGUUCCUAGCCAACAUUGAACUCCUCUACCACUGCAUCUUGCAAGAUCAUGCGAUUCUCACGGUGCCGCAGCACUUUUUGGCCAAUGCCAACGUGAGUUGCUGGUUUGCCGAGAUUCUGCUCAACUUUCUCGUGACUCAAAUGGACGUGCUCGGCGUCGACGUGGACGGCGACGUGCCCGACAUGGAUCGCGCCGAGAAACUCGUGCACAUCACGAGCCUCACGUUUGAGCGGAUGCGCGUCGUGUCGCAGGCGCAAAAGGCAUCGAUCGUGCUGCGUCUGUUCAAGAUUGUGUUUGGGUCUGUGACGCUGUUCAAAGCCAAUGAAGUGGCCUUGUUUCCGCACCUCAAGACCAUCAUCGUGUCGUGCUUGUCGAAUGCCACGCACACCAACUGCCCCGACAACUACCUCCUGCUCUUGCGCGCGCUGUUUCGAUCGAUUUCUGGCGUCAAGUUUGAAAACUUUUACAAAGAAGUGCUGCCGUUGCUCCCAGGGUUACUCUCGGCACUCACGAGAUUGCAAACACACAUCCAAAAGCCCGCCAUGCAAGAAGUGCUGCUUGAGCUGUGCUUGACGAUUCCCGCCCGGCUCAGCUCGUUGCUCCAGUACUUGCCGUCGCUCAUGAAGUCUGUCGUCCAGGCCAUCUUGUCCAAGGGGGAAUUGGCCAACCUGGGGCUACGCACGCUCGAAUACUGGGUGGACAACUUGAACCCCGACUUUUUGUACCCGAUCAUGACGUCGCAGGAACGGUUGCUCACGGAAAUCAUCGAAGCACUCAACACCCAUCUACACCCGCCGCCGUACCCGUACGGCGAACUCACGAUGCGCAUCCUGGGCAAGAUUGGCGGCCGCAAUCGGCAGUUCAUCACGGAUGCAUUGCAUUUGGCGCCGGCUUCCCAGAGCUUUGAGGGGGUCACACUCGAGUUUGCAUGCGACGCCGUGCCCAAAACGUCUAUGGCCAUCCCCAUGGACCUGCACAUUCGGCACGUAUGCCGGCUGCUCGCGCAAUUCGCCAAACGACACGAGUCUCCGGCAGCCGAUCCGCACCAGACGUCGACCCCCCUACGGCCAGACGGUUCAUCGUCGUCGGUCCUCCCGCCCGACGAACCAGCCGACGACAUCGAGUCGAACGUAGCGAUGCUUGAAAAAGACGACAAGACACUUGCGUUGGAGCGCGACACAGUCGACAAGAUCCACGCGACCAUCUUGCACCAAAAGAAGCACGCGUUUGCGUUCUUAAAGCACCAGCUCGCGAUUUCCCUGCGGGUUCCGUCGAUGGUGUCGUCGAGCUACGCGCACCGAAUGCACCCGUCGUUUACAGGGCACGAAGACCACCACAGUGUCGCAGACGAGCUGGAGACCCAGUUUUCCCCAUCGUGUACGUACCCGUCGACGUCUUCCAAGGACAAGAGCGCCGCCCAUGAACAGAGCAUCCGCAUCAUGCUCCAGGCGCUCUAUGAGUGUGUGGCCGACGUAGACUUGACCACCGACGCCACGACGUUGCUACGUUGUGUGGUUGUGCACUUUACCCUGGUCGUGCUGUCGUACUCGAAGCGAAACGAGCCGAAUCCGGACGUGUUGGCUGGGUUGGGCAAGGCGGCCAUCCUGCCGGGACCUCGGGGCCUCUCGCCCGGUCGGAUGCUCGGCACGUCCGCCCGCAUCCAACUGUACCGUGAAGCGUACUUUGGCACAACUUAUUUCCACGAAGUUCCCAAGUCGUUGGAUCCGUUCUUGGUGUUUGAAGUGCUCGUGGAUACAUUAUCCGACCCAGACGACAAAGUGGUGGCAGCGGGUCGACUGGGUCUGCAAGUCGUCGUGGACACUGCCGAGGCAACGUACGCCGGCGACGCGAAGGACACCGCCAAGCAAGCCGGCGCGCUGUUCAACACGAUUUGCGACAUAUGCAGCCACGCGUGUCAUGACAAGAGCUCAUGGCGCCACAAGCUGGGCGGCACGCGCGGCCUGCAUGUGCUCAUCGAGCGCAUCCACGUCGACUGGUGCCGGGAGAAUGAACUGUCGAUGGUGCGCGCGCUCCUGUUUGUGCUGUCGGAUCACCCGCCAGAGGUGACGGCCGGAAUCAGCGAAGAGGCCGGCGACGCGUUCUUGAGUCUGUUGCGCAAGUGCCAUCCAGUCGUCCCGACGACCAAGCUGGACGAACGCACGAUGAUGGACCUGAUUGAAGAGACCAAGGCGUCUGAGACGUUGAAUAGCCUCGGGAGUCUGGAGUUUCCGCAUUCAACCACCGCCGCUGCCGCAGCGUUGAACCCCACGGCGCUGACAGAUUACAACACGGAGCUGCUCCAACUUCUUCUCGUCGAGCUCUUGAGUGCGAGCACGCCCGUCCGCACCUACGUCAAGCGAGCGAUCGACGUCUUUGCCGACUUUGCCGGAUGCUCUGCCACCGCGCUGGUGCUUCCGUACCAGCAACCCCUGGCCAAGCAAAUCAUGGGCACGAGCUUGAGACUUUUGCCUUUGGGGACCCGGACGGGGUAUAUUGACGCCAUGGCGUACGCGCUGACGCUAGACCCUCCCGUGUUUACCUUGAACAAAGAACUGCUGGUGUUUCUGCAAGAAGUGUGGACCCUCGUGUCAUCCGAGGACCCGACCAGCUCAUCGUCGUCGUCGUCGCCGCCCCGACCCGACCACCCGCCGGCAUUGUCGGAGGGUGCCGCCGCCGGCCACGAGUACCCGUUUGGUCUGAACCAACUGUGCCAGCUCCGGAUUGCCGCGAUUCAACUGCUUCGCGCAGCGUUUGUCAACGACGAGACGCUCAAUCAACACCAAGACGCACGCAAUCGAUUUGUGGGGGUCUUUUUCAAAUUCCUCACCGGUCAGCCGAAAGAGUUAGUCGACUGCGCUCAGAAAGCGCUCACGGACGUAGUGAUCAUGAACAAGCGCAACCAAGAACGGUCGUUGCCCAAGGAACUGCUCCAGCAAUGUCUGCGCCCAGUACUGCUCAACUUGGCCGACUACCGCAAGCUGACGAUCCCGUUGCUAGAAGGUUUGGCCCGGUUACUCGCGUUGCUAAGCAACUGUUUCAACGUGACGCUUGGGGAAAAGCUGUUGGAGCAUUUGAAACAGUGGCGAGACCCCGAGCGUAUCAUCAAGACGGGGAUAUGGAAGCGCGGCGAAGAGCCCAACGUGGCGGGGGCGAUCGUCGACUUGUUCCAUUUGCUGCCGCCGUCUGAUACGUUCUUGGACCCGUUGAUCUUGUGUGUUGUGGAACUGGAGGCGGUGUUGCCCAAGUAUGGCAGCUUUGGAAAACGGAGCUCGCCGUACCGGUUGCCGCUGGUUCGCUUUUUGAAUCGAUAUGCUCACCAAGCCGUUGCAUUCUUUCUCAAACGGGAUCACUUGAUCGAUAGCACGUACUCGCUGCUGUUUCAGCAGCUGGUCAAGCACCCCGACGCCGGCGACCUUCGCCACGUGUUGACAUCGGACGCCGGCACCAACUCGAUUAUCCAGGCCACUCUCACGCCCCCCAAAGCGUCGACUCCUCCACUGACUACUCCGAAAACCCCUUCAGACGUCGAUGACCUCGUGCAGGCUGGCGCGCUCAAAGCAGCGUCACAAGCGAUUGCGUUGGCCCAAGCACAAGGGCUCACUGCGUCUCUGGCAGAACAAAAGGGGAAAAUGGCAAGGGCUGCGUAUUUGCAAAAGGCGGCCGCGACGCCUCCAGGCAACAUGGGACCACAACACAACCAGAUGGCCACGAACACGGGCUUGACAACGCAAACCCAAGUGCAAAUCCAAGCGAACGCGCAAAAGCUGCAUGCGCAGACGUUGACGGCUGCCCAAGCGCAGGGCCUGUCGCUCGUUCAAGCCCAAGCCCGCGCCCAGCAAGUCAUGAAGGACUACAUGUCGAAACACUUGCAACUGGCGUCGUCGUCGUCGCCGGCGGCGGCGUUGUCCCCCCAACUGUCGUCGCCCAAUUCCGCGCUGAUGUCGCACCAACAGGCGCAAUUUCAAGCGCAAAUCCAAGUGAAUGCGCAGAAAGUACACGCGCAGGCUCUGGCGACGGCGAAAGCGUCGGGACUGAAACUAGCCGACGCCCAGGACAAGGCCAAGCAAGCGCAGACCCAGUACAUCCAAAUCGCAAAGGCCCAAGCGCAAGCCAAGAUGGCGCGGCAGCAACUGCAUCAGACGUCGCCCGUGUCUGCGAUCUCGUCCAACUUGGCCACGAAACCGCAACAAGAAGCGCUGGAACUGCACUUUCAAGGCAUCCGCGUCGUGCGGUCGCUGUCGAAAUUGGAGCCGGCGUGGCUCGCGACCAGUACCAACGGCAUGAUCGACGUGAUUCGAAAGCUGUGGCGGUCACCGAGCCGCGUCCAACGCCUGCUGGCGCAAGAUCGAUUGCCGAUUCGAUACCAUUUGGAAUCGAAACUGCUCGUCAAGUGUCUGAUCCAGUACUGCCGCGCCAACCCCGACGACGUCCAAGUGCUGCUGGACAUGCUCACAGUGUUCCUUCACCACACGUCGUUCGACUUUAGCUUUCUGCGUGCGUUUUAUCGGGACGAAGUCGCCUGCCGGUACUCGACCGCCAACAAGCGCGCCAUCAUCCACUUGUUUCUGCGCAUGCUCAGAGAUACAGCCGCAUCCGAGGACCUUAAAGUGCACGCGAUUCAGCUUCUGAUCAUGCCACUGCUCAACACAUCGUUCGAAGACCCACACACCAACAACGCCGACGUGAUGGACCCUGAAGCUGUGAUGAUGAUGCUGCGCGAAAUCUUGGCGAGUAAAGACUACCCCCAAGACUCGUACCAGGCGCUCCGGAUUGAACUGCUCAAGCUCGGCACACUGCUGAUCCAACACAUGAGUCGGUAUGUGACGGACCACCGCAAGGAAGUGAUCAAGUUUGCGUGGAACCACCUGAAAGCACCCGACUUGACGUCCAAACUGUGGGCCUAUGUCAACGUGUGCCGGUUCAUAUCGGUGUACGACACGCCGCCCAAGAUUGUGCUGCAAGUGUACGUGGCGCUGCUGCGGACGUACGAGAUGGACUCUCGGUUCCUUGUGCGCAAAGCAUUUGACAUUUUGCUUCCAGCGCUGCCGACGCGGCUGCCCGCGCACGAGUUUAUCAAAGCGAUCAAGUGGACAAAGAAGAUUGCGUUCGAAGAAGGUCAUGUGCUACAGCAAUUGGUGCACAUUUGGUACCUGAUUGUGCGCCAGCCGUCGCUGUUUUACCCAUUCCGUGGCCAGUUUAUCCCGCUUAUGGUGAACUCGCUGAAUCGACUGGCGAUUCCUCCCAGUAGCACCCAAGACAACCGGAGACUCGCGGUGAGUGUCGUCGACUUGGUGAUUGCAUGGGAGACGGCACGACGGCAACGAGUGUCAGACAAAACGUCGUCGUCGUCGUCGAAACGUAUGUCCGAUACAUCAACAAGUGUCGGUGGCACAGAGGACAAAGGCUCGGAUUGUAAGCGCCAAAAGCUAACCGCGGACGGAUCGUUUGCUGCGACAGAGGACGCCUCUGCGACGACGACUACCCACGACACGGACGACAGCGCGUCCCAUGGCCACGAAGACGACUUUGAACUGACGGGCGCCAUGACCGACCUGAUUGUGAACUUUGCGUUCCGAUUUGCCCUUGCAUGUGCUGACAAGCAAGAGACGAACCGGCUGUCGAAAACGUGCGGCGAGUUGUUCCACCGAGCGCUGCACCUGUGGCCGUCGGCGUCGAUCCGGUUCUCGUACUUUGACAAGUUGAUUGCUGUGACAGCCGAAGUGAUUAUCAUGCAGGCCAAGCCGACGCAGCCGCCGGAAACGAUCAGCGCGUCCAUGCCGUCGUUUCUGAGUGUUCCAAAAGGCGCGCCGCUGGCAUCCCUUGCCAUCCUCAACGCCGUGCUGGGCAUAUUAAACACACUUAUCUCCCCCCAAGUGAUUCAGCACUCGAAUCGACCGGUGCCGUACGUUGUACAGUACGCCCCGCGCAUCAUGAAGCUGCUGGAACCAUGCUUUGACCGUCAAAACAACGAAGUGCAGCACCAUCUUGCCACGUAUUUGAAGCACAUGAUACAGUUGUAUCCGCCAGACACGGCCCCGCAACAGCUCGUGGCGUGCAAAUUUUACACGUGGCUGCGGGAUAUAUUGAUUGAGCGCUUACUCAAAGCAGCUGCCGUUCCCAAUGACCCGAACACCGCGGCUGCUUCUGGAGACCCCACCGCGUCGUCGUCGUCGUCGUUGGGGCAAAGCCCCAAGCCAAAGCCACAAGUGAAAUCAGAAAGCAAGCCGCCGUCGUCCUCGGCCAGUCCGGGUCCCCGUCGAGAGCUGAGCGCGUUGAACCCGAUGAUCAACCACGAAGCUGCCCGCAUGCGGCUGCUGUUCGCCCACACCCCGCACCCCCACGCCGCGCCUUCGUCUCGCCUCAGUUGUCCAGGGUCGUACACGCUCAACAUCUUGACCGAUUUGGGCCACGCAUGUCCAAAGUUCAUCGAUUUAUUCGUGCCGGCAUUGAUUAAGCUGGCGCAACGGUUCACGAAAGAGCAUUUGCAGCACAUUGUGCCCAAAACCACCACGUCGCUCGAAGGAUCCGUGGGCGGCAUCGACGUCGGCGUAAGCGCCGGCGCCCAGAGCAAAGACCGCGUGAUGGCGACGCCGACGUUGGCCGUGGUCCACGAAUACAUGCAGUUGAAGACGGGUCGAUCGACGCUCACGGUGAACAACGUUGUGCGGCUCAAGAAGGGUAGCAACGGUACAAGUGCAGGGGCGACUGGGAGUGGCGUCAAAGACGACAAGAAGAAGAAGGCGGCGGCGGCUGGCGGGCCAAAAGAUGCGACAGCGAACAAGCCCGUGGCGGCCAAGAAGCGUGCUUCGCCGACGAUGUCGCAGACGUCGAAUGGCUCGCGAAAAGCGUCAAUGGACAUGCUGAUUUCGUGCUUCAAGCUGUUGGCGCAGUGCACGGCGUUCGACGCGCCCGAGAUUGGCCGGUUGUUUGUACAGCUGCUGUCGCACUGCCUAGAACACUCGGCGCACGUGCCAUUGUUGCUGGAAAUCACAAAGAUUGUGGCGUGUAUGAUGGCAGGGGCGGGCGAAAGCAAAACGCCCGACUGGUUCACGGUUAAAGACAAGGCGCUGUUGUUGUCCAAGAUGGCUACGUUUGACCGGUUGAACGAGAUUUCCGCGCAGCCGCUCCUGACCGAGUACCACGCGCUGAUCCUCAAACUGUGUCGCAGCAGUCCGUCGGAUCCGUCGCUCAACGUGUCGGGGCCGUUCCUUGUGGGACUCAUGUCGAGCGAAUCGGGAAUUCGCGGCGAGUUUUUCACGCACUUUGAAACCCACGCGGGGGGAGCGUCGACGUCCCCCACCGCCCGCCUCAAGUACAUCCUCCACCAAGACUGGCAAGCGUGCGGCACGCGGUUCUGGCCCGUGGUGGCCAUCGAGUUGCUGCUCAAGUCGUUUGCGUCGGCCAAGGUCGUGCCCUCGCACACCACGCCAGCGUUUCCGCCAAUCGCAAGCUCGGAAUCCAAUGUCGACCACCACCCACAACAAUCAGCGUGGCUCACGUCGCACAUCCAAGCGCUCGACGCGUGGGGCCGCGUGACCGCCGGCGACGUGCUGCGGCCGCUGUGUGAACUCAUCCACGUCGACCUAGACAUGGCCAACCACCUGUGGAGCUGCUUGUUUCCGUUUGCUUGGGCGAAUCUGCACCCAGACUAUAUGAGUCCGACGCAAAACCUAAUGCGAUUGUUGUCCAUGAAGUACCAUCGCCGGGAACUCAAGCUGCCGCAAGCCAAUGCGGCGCGCCACAACGUCGUCCAGACGUUCAUGGCGGGGAUCGUAAACGCGCAGCCGAUGCCCAUCUUCACGGCCGAGCUAUUGCUGUAUCUUGCCAACACGUACAAUGUAUGGCAGCAAGUGCUGCGCAUCUGCGAGUACCAGGCGCUGAGUCCGCUGACGCUGGUGGAAGACCGCGAGCGAUGGGCCGACGCGCUCGAUGUCAUCUACCAAGAGCUCAACGAACCCGACUGGCAAGUCGGUCUGAACGUCCAAGUGUGUCAAAAGCCAAGCACCAAGGCGGGGCUGUACCUCCAAGCACAAGGAUUUGUCCAUGAAGCUCAAGACAUUUACUUUGACACGCUCGCGCAAACAUCGAAAUCAGUCAAAAUCGACGCCACCAAGUUUGAGAUGAAGGUGCUCGAAGCGCGGUGGGUCGGAUGUGUCAAGCAUCUGUGCCAGUGGUCACUCAUGAACGACUUUGCCAAAACCACACAAAACCAAGAACUCAUGCUCGACUGCUGCUGGAAACGGGGCGACUGGGGCACCGCCAAGCAACUGCUGCAUGCGUCGUCGAUCCAGGCAGCGUCGGAGGCCGGAUGUCCGCUCAUUCGCCUCAAGAAACUGUACAUUUCCAUCUUGGAUGGCGACAAAAAGCCCCAAGUCGACUCGCUCGUAUCUCAGAUCGUCGACUUGGCGUUGCAUCAAUGGCAAGGCCUGCCUCGGGUUCUAUCGCGUGCACAUGUUCCCCUGCUCCACCUGUUUCACCAGUUUAUCGAGGCCAAGGAAUCGCUGCAGAUCAUGGCCGACAUCAAGGUCGCCACGCAGCAGCACAACUUGCCCAACUUGAAACCAUCCAUCAACACAUGGCGAGAGCGGCUGCCCAAUUCGUACGAACCCAUUUUGAUGUGGGACGACAUCCUGACGUGGCGGUCGCACAUGUUUGCAGUGGUCAAAGGAACGUUUAGCUGGAGCGACGCGCAGCUGUUGGCUGGUAUGCACGACGUUCCGUGGUCGAUUCUAAAGCUAGCCCAUACGGCGCGCAAGCAGCACCUUCCAGACGUAUGUUUGCAUUCGCUGGCCCAGUUGUACACGAUUCCCGCCAUGGAUGUCCAAGAUGCAUUCUCCAAGCUACGCGAACAGCUGAGCAUUUGCUUUGAAACGUCCAAGGACUUCGACGGCGGGGUGGUUAUCCUCAACCAAACGAAUUUGGAGUACUUUGACACACGCCAAAAAGCCGAACUGUUCCGCAUGAAGGCGCUGUUUCUGGAUGCUUUGGGCAACACCCAUGACGCGAACGCUGCGUUUUCGCAAAGCUUGCAACUCUGUGAAAGCUACGGCAAGGGCUGGUUGAGCUGGGGCCAGUACUGCGACAAACUGUUUGUCGAGCGCCAAGACGUGGCGUUCGCGGCGCAGACCAUCGCGUGCUACCUGCAAGCAGUCCACCAUCGGUCGACGUUUGCCCGCCUCAUGCUGGCGCGGGUGCUGUGGCUGCUCAGUCUAGACAACGACAAGGGAGUGCUAAUCCACACGUUUGAAACCCAUGGCAAGCAGCUGCCCAUAUGGAUUUGGAUUGUGUGGAUCCCUCAACUGCUCAUGUCGCUGUGUCGCCCCGAAGCAUCUCAAAUUCGUGGCCUACUUCGCGGCUUGUCGGCCAAGUUUCCACAGGCGCUGUACUAUACAAUGCGGGCCUUCUUUUUAGAAAACCGCGAGCUCUUUGCCAUGGACAACAAGGCCACGGAUGCCACGUCGUCGAAUAACCGCGGGCUGGCGUCGGCACCUCCCACGCCCGUCGCGUCGGCGCACACCCCCAAGCACGGCACAUCCACCACCACGAGCGACAUGAUGUACUUCCGGACGCGUACCGGGCAUGUCGUCGCUGUCCCCAUGUCGCAUGAACAGAUCGCCGACAUUCCAGGACUAGUUGGCGCGAGUCGGAGCAACCCGUCGUUCUUUGGGUCGGCUACCGUGCUGACGCUGGACGUGUGGCUCGAAAAGGUGGCGACGGGCGAACUGCAAAAGACAGACGUGAGCCCAGUACAGUACGCCGAGGACUUGCUCAACUUUUUGCGGCGGUCGCAUGAUUCGUUGGCGUUUGAGAUGGAAUGCAUGCUCGAAGAGAUGAUUGUCCGGUUCCGUCCCGAGCCUGAAGACGAGCUGCUCACGGCCGUGCACUCGUUGCUGCACAAGUGCUACCAGUUGCCGAGCUUUUCCAAGACAGAGCCCGUGCCAAAGAUGCUCAAAGAUACCCUCAAUCGCGUAUGCAACAAGUUUUUCGUGUUGCAACCACACCAAAAGAGUGAAAAGCACAUUGCGUUCGUCGACGAAUUCAAGGAUCCGUUCGAGACCGACUUUAUGCUCCCAUCAUUUGAUCGGCCGACAGACGACACACAAGAUGAUGCGUUGUCGGAACCGACGUUGUCGCAGAUUAUGGAUCGCCUUAAAGUGUGGAAGUACGUGCUGCAAUGCCGCGUCCGGCGGUACGGAAAGCGUCAUGCCGACAAGUUGUACUUGGAAAACAGCAGUCGCCACUUGGUCGAAUUGAGCAGCACAUGUGUGGAAAUCCCAGGUCAAUACCUGACCAACCACGAGCCAAUCAAGGAACUCCACGCGCGGCUGCAGUACUUUCACAGCACCACCGACGUGCUGCUCCGAAACGGAUACACGCAGCGCCGUGUCACAUUGGGCGGCAGCAACGGCGCGUCGUACUCGUUCCUGGUGCAAUAUGCGAUGACGUACAUGACGCGGUGCGACGAGCGGGUGAUGCAGAUGCACCUGCUCAUGAAUCGACUCCUCUCGCGGCACAAAGAGACCAAGAAGCGGCACAUUGUCUUCCAUGUACCCAAGGUGAUUCCAUUGACUCCGCGCGUGCGCCUUCUCGAAGACAGCGCGACCAACGUGUCGUUAGGCGAGAUCUACGAGCUGGAAUGCCAAGCACAAGGCAAAGACCCGGAUUUCCCCGUGGAAUUGUACCGCCAGAAACUGAGCGAUGUCGGCGACGCUCCCGCCGCUACUGUGAAACUGGCCAUUUUCAACGACAUUUGCGACCAUCACGUGUCGGAGACGCUCUUGACCAAGUAUUUGCACCGGAUGCUGCCUCACUUCGACGAUUUGUUUCAAUUCCGCACGGCCUUUACGACCCAUCUCGCGCUCAGUUCGUUCCUGUCGUAUGCGAUGCACGUGGGCGAGCGCACGCCGCACAAGCUCAUCUUUUCCAAGCAAACUGGCCACGUCGUGAGCUGCGAAGUGCGUCCUGGGUACGCCAGCAGCAGCGGCGUGGUCGAAGCCACGUGCACCAUGCCGUUCCGACUCACGCGAAAUGUGCACACAUUUAUGACCCACAGCGGCGUGGAAGGGCCGUUUACGAUCGCCAUGGCGGCGGUGGCCCAGGCACUGACCAGCCACGCGCACGAAGGUAUCAUGACCAACCAGAUGCGCCUCUUCUUUCGGGACGACUUGCUGUCGUGGCACACGUCCAAGACCAAGUCGCGGCUAGAGCAUACUCAUGGCGACACCCACCGCCGCAUCAUGCAGGAGCACCAGGUGCCGCAGCGCGUGGACGCCAACGUCAAAGCCGUGAUGGAUCGCAUGUCGGCGCUGGCAGUGAAACCGACCUCGCACACUACGCCAUCGCCCCCUUCAGCGAUUCAACAACUCAUCGCGACCGCCACUAGUGCCGACAACUUGGCCCAGAUGUACCCGACAUGGUUUCCGUGGCUGUAGGCGUUGCUAACCUACCAAUUUUAUUCAUGUACCAUAAGCAACCCAUGUAGUACUUGCACAUGUUGCAAAUGUGAAACAAUGAU